AUGAAAGAAAUUGAGGCUACACUAUGCGAUUGGCGUUAUACGGUGAUUAUCAAACAUGAGAUCAAGCACAAGCGCCAAGUAUACACCGGUGGAAACCCGUCGCAUCAAUCUUUAGAACUUUCUAGUCAAUUUGAAGCAAUGUCAAAACCUGAAUGGAAGUUGUUUCACUUCAAUGUGGUUGAGCUCUUUGAAGUUAUACCUGAUUUGACUGACUCUUUGUCACAAUGCUUAGCAUGGUAA